GAUUGGCUGUCAGUGGUGAUGACGCACCUGCUGAUGGUUUCUGUAAUAACAGGACAUGGCGGAGGCUCCACAAGUGGCUGGAGAGCUACGGGAACGGCAGAGCCACUGUGGGGACGGGGCACCGGGUGGAGCAGUCCCCCAAGGGAUGAGCCCCAAGAUGAGCGCGGCCGAGUACUCCCGGCGGCUGCAGGAGUGGCUGUGGCAGUGUCAUUGCGGGUCCCUGUGCUGGCAGAACAGUUGCGCCACCGCAGCUGCCAUAGUCAUGCUGAACGCGGCCCCGGGCAGCGCCGGAGAUCAGAGCCGGCUGUCAAGCGGUGCCGGUAGGGCUGCCCCGCUCACUGCUGGCAGCAGUCACAGUGCACCGCCCACAGGACCGACUGCUGCAGGACGUGAAUAUAUUAUUCCAACCUUGGCGCAAAGGUUCCGAGCUGAGAUGGUGGAUUUCUUCAUCCUGUUUUUCAUAAAAGCAGCAGUUAUAUUGAGCAUUAUGCAUUUCAGUGGCAUAAAAGACCUUUCCAAGUUUGCAAUGCAUUACAUAAUUGAAGAAGUAGAUGAAGAUAUGUCAAUGGAAGAUUUACAGAAAAUGAUGGCGGUAGCACUUUUUUACAGGCUAUUGGUCUGUUUCUAUGAAAUUAUCUGCAUUUGGGGUGCAGGUGGAGCAACUCCAGGGAAAUUCCUGCUAGGUCUUCGAGUUGUGACCUGUGAUAGCUCCGUGCUAAUUGCUCCAAACAGAGUCCUAGUGAUCCCCUCCACAAAUGUGAAUAUCACAGCGUCAACAGUACGGGCUGGAAUCAAGAACUUCUCCAUAGCGUUUUUCUUUCCUGCAUUUAUUACCCUGCUGUUCUUCCAGCACAAUCGGACAGUCUAUGACAUUGUAGCAGGAACAAUAGUUGUACGGCGGAAUGUGAGAUGAUGCAGAUGUUUCCCUGAUCUUCGGAGCAAUGGGAUGGAGCAUUUACUGUGGAAUUCCUCUGCGAGGUUAUUUAUUGUAAAGGGCUUUUCUAAAUCAGUGCUAACAGCAAGGUGUUAUUGAUUACUCAUACGCAAAGUAAUAUUCAUAGAUUUACUAGAAUCAUUUCUUUAUUGUCACAAACUGUCAGUAUUGUUAACUAAAAACAAAGCACUGAAGAGUACAAGACUUUAUACAGUGCUUAUAAUGAAGGCCUUUUCCAAUGUUUGUAUAGACAGCAUGUGGUACGUAGGAAGACCUGCACAUUGUCUCUUGUAACAAUAUUGUGAUAUUCAUAUGAUAUGUGAUGCACAGCUGGUAUUUUACUACCCACAUCAACUUGGUUCCUAGGAAUAAUGUCCAGCACAUCCAGGUCACUUAUCUGCAGGAAAAUAGAGUAAUGCUUCUGUUUCACUCCUUAUCGGCUGUAGAAAGCCAGGAUCACAAGAUCCUCAUUGUGGCUUGUACCCGGCAGUGUGCUAAACCUGAAAGAUACAGAACCUUUGUCCAUGGGAGACUGAUGCUGGGAAAUAGUGUUUAUGAAGUAUUUGCAGCUACUGUAUCUAAAAACAUCUAUUAAUUACAUCACUUUUAUUGUCACAGACUGGGUAAGUUCCUGUAAGAAACCAUAUUAGGGUGUUUUAUUUGUCACAAAGUCUAUUGUUACUGGAAAGUCCAUUCUCAAAUGUGCAAAACAAAUCCUGCAGUGUCCAUGUCUUUUUAUGGGGUAUCCUUUUCCUAUGUAUAUGGCAUCCUCUUUGCAUGCUACUAAUGAACUAGUCCGGGCCGUGCCUGAAGGCAGUGGAUUCAGUGUGUGAAUCGCCCCUUUCCCACACAACAGCUUUUUUUCUUUUCUGCUGCUGUGCAUGUGCGUAGCAUUAAACACAGCUCAAAGCCGUUGUGUGUGGAAAAGGGCAGUGACGGCUGCCAAAAAACUGGCCAGGACAAACCGGCGUGUGUGAAUGGGGCCUAAGGCUGACAAAACAACUGUUUAGAGUGUACUUACCAAUGUGAUAUAUUAUUUUUUUUAAAUGUAGUUGAAUUUCUGGAACUUUUUGCACUUAAGCCAGUGAUUCCCAAAUCCAGUCAUCAUCACUUAUUAGCUGUGCAUGUUUUCCAUAUCUCCUUGAAACAUUUCAUUACAAGUAGACCUUUUAAACAAUUCACAAGUGACCAAUGAUUUCAUUGUGAUGCUGUGAGAUGUGGUACUGUUAGCGUGUUUUGAGGAAUAACAUAAACCGGCAGCUUCAGAACAACACAUGGGUCACACAGGUCUGUCAAGUUCUGUGAAUCCCACAUCAUUAAUUAAAUAUUGCUUUUUGGCCCUAUUUCUCUGGUAAACACACUUGUUUAUUAUGUUAGAAAUAUAUAUAUAUAUAUUUAAAUAGCUGUAGCUUGCUGCAUUAGGUGGAUAACAAUAGUAGAAGUAUCCAUGUAGCAGUUACUGAAGCACAUUCUGCUGAGUUUUA